AUGAAUUGCCCCUCCAGAACUGAUGAUACACUUGCCAAUCCGAGCUGGAAUCAGAGUCCACCUCGCUUCAGCCCAGAUAUUACGACUCGCAAUGACUUCAAUGGUCUAGCCAACACCCGGGUUCACCACAAGCAUGCCAAGGGUGCAGGGACAAUAUCCGGCGACGACACAAUGGCCAUAGAAUCACGAUCGCAGAGCCUGGACAAUCCAAGUCCCGGAAAUGAAAAGGAACCAAAGGGCGAAGUGACCGCAGCGACCUCAGGGUGUCCAGCACCCUCGAGGACCUGCGGCCCGCCUCGCCGUUACUUCUCUACUUCUUCAUUUGUGGCCUCUGCGCAGCACUGCGCUCGCAGUCUGGUCAAAUUCGGCCGUUUCGUAGGGCCUGGGUUUCUCAUUGCCGUGGCGUACAUCGACCCAGGAAAUUAUUCGACGGACGUUGCCGCCGGCGCACGGUUCAGAUAUGCUCUACUAUUCAUCGUGCUGCUGUCCAAUCUGUUUGCAGUUUUCCUUCAGUCCCUGUGUAUCAAGCUCGGUUCGGUGACAGGACUGAAUUUGGCAGAGAACUAUCGGGAGCACUUGCCAAGAUGGAUGGUCGUUAUACUAUAUGUGAUGGCCGAAGGGGCGAUCAUUGCCACUGAUGUUGCAGAGGUGGUUGGAUCGGCUAUCGCUUUGAACUUACUUCUACAUAUUCCACUUGUCGCAGGCUGCGCGAUCACCCUUGCCGACGUCUUUUUCCUGCUCUUGUUCUGGCGGCCCAACGGGUCAAUGGUGGGCCUACGCAUGUUCGAGUUUUUCGUCAUGGCGCUGGUCUUGGGCGUGGUGAUCUGUUUCUGCAUUCAAUUGUCUCUCAUCAAAGGUCAACCUGUAGGGGAGGUCUUCCGGGGCUAUCUUCCUUCCUCAGCUAUCGUGACAUCGGAUGGACUGUACCAGAGUUGCGGUAUUCUGGGCGCUACCGUGAUGCCGCAUUCCCUAUUCUUGGGUAGCGGUGUCGUUCAAUCUCGUCUGAAAGAGUUUGAUGUAACGGCUGGUUAUGUUCAGUCAACCGUGGCCCUGGGAAGUACCGAUGGCAAAGUUGAAUACCGGCCUAGUAUCCACGCAAUUCGCGGUUGCAUGAAAUAUUCGAUCAUUGAGUUGGCCUUGUCUUUGUUCACCUUCGCCCUGUUCGUCAACAGCGCCAUUCUCAUUGUCGCGGGUGCCUCUCUCUAUGAUAUACCGGGCAGUACCAGUGCCGAUCUGUUUGGGAUCCACGAGCUUCUCACCAGCUCAAUCUCCAAAGCAGCUGGCUUGGUUUUCGCCUUAGCCUUGCUGCUCUCAGGAAUUUCCGCGGGCAUCGUCUGCACCAUGGCCGGCCAGAUGGUGAGCGAAGGCAUGUUGAAUUGGUCCGUGCGUCCGUGGAUUCGCAGACUCAUCACCCGCACGAUCAGCAUCAUUCCUAGUAUCAUCAUUGCAGCGGCUGUCGGGAAAGAAGGUCUUGAUAAGACUCUGAACGCUAGUCAAGUCUGUCUCAGCGUGAUCCUUCCUUUUGUGUCCGCUCCGCUCAUCUGGUUCACGUGUUUUAGCAAAUACAUGAAUGUGGCAACUGAGCAGGCGACAGAGGGCGAGGGAACUGUACAAGUCGACCAGAUCAGUAUGCGCAAUCACUGGGUGACUUCGAUCGUCGCCGUCCUUGUGUGGUUGCUGAUUGUGGUGAUGAACGUGGCAUUGCUGGUUCUGGUAGGAAUGGGCAAGGCCUAG